GCCAUACACUCACUCUCCACUGUCCCUCCGACGGAACACAUUUACCCCGUAAUUAACAGUAACGUGAGGUAAAUCUUUAUAUUGGGAAUGGAAACCUAUGAUGUGACGAAUUGAUGAGAAUAUUCUAGAGUCGAAGAGGAAAAAUCGCUCUCGUGUAGUAGUGGGCACCUCACGUUUGUGUGUCUGCUACACCCCCAGCUCGGCUCCGCUCCACAACGAGGCUGAGGGAGCGUUCAAUCGCACCGGCGGCCAGUCAAUAGAAGGACUAGGAGCGGGGAAAUGCACGCGGAGGGAGCUGAAAUGCGCCUGAGAUUUAGCCCCUGAAUGCACACGACGCCGCCACAGAAAUGCCGGGUUGGAAGAAAAACAUCCCCGCUUGUCUGCAAGCCGACCAAGAAGAUGAGGGGCCUUACACUAAACACUCCAAUCCCUCCAGGCCACCAGAUGGAGCUCUGGCAAUUAGGAGACAGAGUAUUCCAGAUGAAUUUAAGGGCACAAGCACUGUGGAGCUAAUUAAGAAGGAAGGAACCACCCUAGGCCUGACCGUAUCCGGAGGCAUCGACAAAGACGGCAAACCGCGCGUCUCCAACCUGCGUCAGGGCGGCAUUGCUGCCAGGAGCGACCAGCUGAACGUGGGCGACUACAUUAAAUCUGUGAACGGGAUCAACCUGACAAAAUUUCGUCAUGAUGAGAUCAUCAGUCUAUUGAAGAAUGUUGGGGAGAGGGUCGUGCUGGAGGUGGAGUACGAGCUACCGCCUGUCUCUGUUCAGGGCUCAGGGGUCAUGUUCAAAAACGUGGAGGUGACGCUACAUAAAGAAGGCAAUACAUUCGGUUUCGUCAUCAGAGGAGGUGCCCAUGAAGACAGGAACAAAUCUCGACCAGUUACCAUAACAACCAUCAGACCCGGCGGUCCAGCUGACAGGGAAGGUACCAUUAAACCCGGCGACAGGCUGCUCAGCAUCGAUGGGAUUCGCUUGCAUGGAGCACCUCACGCCGAGGCCAUGAGCAUUCUCAAACAGUGCGGUCAGGAAGCCACUCUCCUUAUCGAGUAUGACGUGUCAGUUAUGGAUUCUGUAGCCACGGCAUCCGGCCCGCUGCUUGUGGAAGUGGCCAAGUCCAUGGGCUCCAGUUUAGGUCUGGCUCUCUCUACCUCCAUGUACUGCAACAAGCAGGUCAUCAUCAUCGAUAAGGUCAAACCAGCCAGCAUCGCCGAUAGGUGUGGCGCGCUGCACGCGGGCGAUCACAUCUUAUCGGUGGAUGGCACGAGUAUGGAGUAUUGCACACUGGCCGAAGCCACCCAGCUGCUAGCUAGCGCUUCAGAACAUGUCAAAAUGGAGAUUUUGCCCCACCACCAAACAAGGCUGGCUCUUAAAGGCCCCGAACAUGUCAAGGUGCAGAGGAGUAAUCGGCCGCUCCCCUGGGAAUCCGGAACCAACAACAACAGCAACUUCCUCCCCUACCAGCACUAUAACACCUACCACCCCGACCAGUCCCGCAGCCAGGCCAAGCAGAAAACCUCUCCGAACAACCCCCCUUUAGGUUCUUCCUUUUCUCCGACCUCCAUGAGCGCUUACAGUCUGAGCUCACUCAACAUGAACACCCUGCCACGCACCAUGUAUCCCACGAGCCCCCGCGGCACCAUGAUGAGACGCAAACUUAAGAAGAAGGACUAUAAGAGCUCAAUGUCUUUGGCAUCCAGUACCGUAGGUCUGGCGGGUCAGGUAGUCCACACGGAAACAACAGAGGUGACCCUCAUCAGUGACCCCAUCAUGGGUUUCGGUAUUCAGCUCCAGGGAGGAGUCUUCGCUACGGAAACCCUGUCCUCCCCUCCGCUUAUUGCUUACAUAGAUCCCGACAGCCCGGCAGAGCGGUGCGGCACCCUGCAGAUCGGCGACCGCAUCCUGUCAAUAAACGGCAUCCCCACUGAGGACAGCACACUUGAGGAGACCAAUCAGCUGCUGAGGGACUCCAGCAUCACCAGCAGAGUCACACUGGAGAUCGAGUUUGACGUAGCAGAAUCAGUCAUACCAAGCAGUGGAACCUUCCAUGUGAAGCUACCAAAGAAGCCAGGUGUGGAGCUGGGCAUCACCAUCAGCUCACCUUCCAGCCGAAAGCCCGGGGACGCUCUUAUCAUCUCUGAGAUUAAGAAGGGAAGUGUGGCACACAGGACGGGCACCCUAGAGCUUGGAGAUAAGCUGCUGGCCAUAGACAACAUACGUCUGGACAAUUGCUCUAUGGAGGACGCGGUACAAAUCCUCCAGCAGUGCGAAGAUUUGGUGAAACUGAAGAUCCGCAAGGAUGAGGACAACUCAGGUAUCCUACGUGAUGGCAGUGUUGAUAAGGACGCCCGUGUGCUGUUGGCCUGUGUUGCAGACGAGCAGGAGAGCUCCGGUUCCAUCAUUUACACGGUGGAGCUGAAACGCUACGGUGGGCCGCUGGGCAUCACCAUAUCGGGUACCGAGGAGCCCUUCGACCCCAUCAUCAUCUCCAGCCUCACUAAAGGCGGCCUGGCAGAGAGGACGGGUGCCAUACACAUUGGGGAUCGCAUCUUGGCCAUUAACAGCAACAGUUUGAAGGGCAAACCUCUCAGCGAGGCUAUUCACCUGCUGCAGAUGGCGGGGGAAUCGGUCAUGCUGAAGAUCAAGAAACAGGGAGAGCUGGCAAGCCCAAAGCAGCCCUCGGUAACAGGUCGGAUGAAUGAUCUGAGUGACGUGGAAGAUGAAAGUCAAGCAGGACAGAAACCCAGCAAACUGUCUGACAUCUACUCCACCACCAUUCCCAGCGUUGACAGCGCCGUCGAAUCCUGGGAUGGCUCGGCCAUCGACGCCAACUUCAGCUCACAGGCUCCCACAGGUUUCCAGGCGUCAGGCUACAGUUUUCAUAGCCACGAGUGGAGGAACGCCAAACCCAGCCGGGGGAGUCUGUCUCCGGUCAACAACAGUCGGCAGAGGAACAACAUCUUGCCGGACUUUGGACUCGGCAUGGAUGAAUGGGACAGACCGAGUGCUAGUGGAGCGUCAACGCUGCCCACCGGUUUAAUCUCAGACAGCAGGUUCACCGUGGGACACGACGGAACGGAGCCAGACCAAGAGGAGAACUUCUGGUCCCAAGCUCUGGAAGAUCUGGAGACGUGUGGCCAGUCCGGGAUCCUGCGAGAACUUGAGGACAAGCCAGGCAGGCUUCUGAAUAAGAGAAACCUGGCCAUCUUGGCCACCAUCAUGUCGGGCAGCUCUCUGAGCUUAAACCAUGACCCGGCGCCCACUCGAAGCCACCUUGGUCGCCAAGCAAGCUUUCAAGAACGCAGCAACAACAAACAACAAUACACGCAGGCCAACCGCAGCAACACGCUGCCCACCGACGUCGGCCGAAAAGCUUUCGCCAUGAGAAGAAUGAAGCAGGAAAUCAAGGACAUAAUGUCGCCCACCCCGGUUGAGCUUCACAAGGUGAGUCUGUUGAAGGACUCGGACGUUGAUGAUUUUGGUUUCAGCGUAUCUGAUGGAGUACUGGAGAAGGGGGUUUAUGUUAACAACAUCCGUCCAGGAGGGCCAGCUGAUAUCGGCGGCCUAAAGCCAUAUGACCGGAUGUUACAGAUAAACCACGUCCGGACUAGAGACUUCGACUGCUGCUUAGUGGUUCCUCUCAUAGCCGAAUCCGGGAACAAACUGGAUCUAGUCAUAAGCCGAAACCCGGUUUCAUCCCAGCCGUCAGAACUGAACUCAUUGUCCAACGAAGAGCCCGUGAACUGGUCAGACACUGUGGACCAGCCCAGCGCGGGGCUGGAUCAGGGCCAGCACAACUCCACGCUAGCCGGACUAGAAAUCAAAGACCCCAACAAGACCUUAUAGCAGAACUCCCAUGUGCCUGCACUGGAAUGGCCCUCAUGGUGCUAAAGUGAACCACGGCUCCCCCUGGUGGAGGAAAAAACAAAGGGGCUCGUUCUCGUAUAGCACACACCCAGUUUCUUUCCCGAGUCAGAGCAUGAGCCACAAAGACAAAGAGGUCCUUUCCUUACUUGCUGGGUUGUGCUUUUACCCUGUGAAAAUGGAGAAGACCACACUGACCUCUUGGAAAACCAAAACUGUUAAAAAGAAGAAGAAAAAAACACAAACAGUGAAACCGUGCCAUCCAUGAUUUUAUUGCCAAUAGUUUUAAGGACGACAAAAAAAGAUGCAUAAAAGCAACAUUAAGACUUAUACUUACGAUAUCAAACUGGCCACUCUGUGAUUAUCUGUGUUUGUGUGAGUUCGAAUGCGUGCGCAAACGUACGAAGACUUCAAGUCUCUGUUCUUAACGCAACUAUUAAUGCUCCUAUUUUGUGAUACUGAAACACAAGUGUGUGUAUAGUGUAUGUGUGUGUUUCCUAUUUCUGAUGCCAAGGUCAGAGCCAGGAGGGGUCGACAGCUGCGCACGGGGGGUGGGGGGAAUAUCAGCACAAUAAAUUCGGUAGCCAAUUCGGACUGAAUGGUGGGUUAUAGCAUAAUGCAUGAGACCUUUUAUAAACCGUUUUGUAUUGGGUACUUUAGUCCAAAAAUGGGAGCUUGGGUACAUCCUGUAAACAACAUUAGGCAUCGCCCCGAAGUCUUACAAACAACGAACCGAAGUCUGUGUCACCAUGGUGAUGAGAGGAGGGGGUGGCACAAAGGCACCUUAAUCUUGGAAAUUGGACAGAUGUCUAUUUUUUAGUAGAGUCGGGAUGAUUUAUAAAGGAUGUAUGUAAUUUGGGCCUCCCCUAUUGGUCGUGUACAGGAGCAAAUAGCGUAGAGAAGGUCAUUUGGUUCAAAAACUUGCUCUUGCUAUGAAGAAAUGAUUUAUUGGUCCAAUUGAUUGAUCGGCUAUUUUCUCCAGUGAGUCCACGAUCAAUCUCUGAAUUCAUUAAAAAUGACAGCUGUUAGAUAAUUUUAUAUUAAUGUUUACGUCAAUGAUAUAUAAAAAUAUUAUGAAUUACAAACAAACAGAAAUUACAAUUAUGCCAAUUAUUGAGUUCUCCGCAAGGUCCAUUACAAAAAACGUAUCAUUGUUAACCAUUAUCCACCGAUGUGACACGUCAGACAGCAGACGGAUCCGUGCCGGAGCUGCAGAAUUUGGCACGGAUCUGGUGCAGAUCCGGCCCAGAGUCGUCUGCUGUCUGGGUUAGUUACUACAGUAGUAAAUGAUACAUUUUAUUCAUACAAAUCAGUUUUACUGUAGUAACCGUGGUAUGUCGGAGGAAUAUGCGGUUACCGUGGUAACUUUUGUAACUAUGUCUCAUUGAUGAUAACGAAAUGUUUAAAAAAAAAUAAAAAUAAAAGCAUGGGGUCGAUAAUAAAAAUGAUGUCCAGAAUAAAAAAUACUUUUGUAUUUCCCCCUUUGUUUAAAUAGUUAUGGUAAUUUGUAUAUGGUAAUGUUAUGGUUUUGUCUCAUCUGAUAUUUGUUUAAAGUGUGUACGCCUUAGGGGCGAGCUGUCUGUUUGUAAAGAGGAGAAAAAAAGUGUCUUGAGAGGAAAAGUUGUCAGUCCUACGAAAUGUGGUAGACCACCAAACAUACUUUACAUACAAUUUAUUGCUCAUCUUGAGAGAAAAAUACAGAAAAAAUGUGUCAUGGGCAAGCUGCUAACGGCGAACCCUCGCCCAUCACCCUUGUGAAACAUUGAAAAAUGUCACCCUUGUUGUCAGUGCUCAACAAUCCUGUCUACUCACUAUUUUCAAACGGCACAUUGUGGUCCAACUACAGGACCGAACAUUAAAACCUCAUCAAGGGGAACGUUUGACGAAAGGUGUCUUUUUAUUUCAAACAAACCUUCAGGUAUGGGUUCAUUUCCCAAAAUCAUGCACUGGAUGUUCAAACAAAUUAAUUUGUGUUACUGCAGGUGUCAAGUGCGCACAUCGUUUGUGUUAAUAAAAAAAAUACUCAUCAUUUUUAUGUUUCACGUGUGGAAACGUUUAGUGAAGUCAAGCACUGCCAGUUAAAAUAGUGGGUGUCCAUUUUCAGUAUACCAUGAAUUUGAUUCAACGUCACGGUUACGUCCCUGAAAUAUUGUAUUUUUAUUUCUAAUGGACAGGUAUUAUGAGCUGUAAAGUAUUUUUGUACAAAUUUAAUACUUUGUUAGCAUGAUGUUUAUCGUCUAUGUAUAAAUUUGGGCUGUAAUCCUUUGUAUGGCCGACAAAUGGAGAAAACAAUAAAGCGUACCGAGUGGAGAGAGAGAGAGAGAGAAUGAUGAAAUGA